CGGCGCGUUAAAGAUGGCGGCGGCGGGGCCCGGUCCCGGGGCCGGCGCUGGAGCGGCCGGGGGGACCCGCGGCGGCCGCCACUGAGCCCGGCCGCACCCCCCGGCACCGUCCGGGACCCGCCGGGAGCCUCCGGGACGCUCGGCUCCAGCCCCGCUGUCCCCGGCACCUGGCCCAGGGAUUCCCGUGGGAAGCGGCGAUGUCGGACAAGGGCGGCAGCAUGGACGGCAGGACGGACAUUGUCAACGGCAGCCUGUCCAGCAGCCCCGAGGACAUGUCUGCCGAGGAGGGCCGCGAGACGUCCUCGGGGAUCGAGGUGGAGGCGUCCGACCUGAGCCUGAGCCUGAUGGGCGACGACGCCGGGGCCGCGCGGGGCCGCGCCAGCGACAGCGACAGCUCCGGCGACAAGGACAGCGACAGCAUGGACGACACCGGCCACUACUCCAUCCCCGAGGAGCCGCGGCACGACGAGGACGACGAGGAGGAGGAGGAGGAGGAGGAAGAGCCGCGCGCCCGGCGCAGGGCGCCCCGCAAGCGGCCGCCGCACGAGCGCGACUCGUCCGACGAGGAGCAGGCGCUGGAGGACUGGGUGGCCUCGGAGACGUGGGCGCUGCCGCGGCCGCGCUGGCGGGCGAUCCCGGCGCUGCGGCAGCGCCAGCUGGGCGGCUGCUCGCGCUUCGUGGCGCAGGCCUGCGGCGCCCGGCUCUUCGUGCAGAAGUUCCGGCUGCAGCACGGCCUGGAGGGGCACACGGGCUGCGUCAACACGCUGCACUUCAACCAGCGCGGCACCCGCCUGGCCAGCGGCAGCGACGACCUCAAGGUGCUGGUGUGGGACUGGCUGCGGCGCCGGCCCGUGCUGCAGUUCGACAGCGGGCACAAGAGCAACGUCUUCCAGGCCAAGUUCCUGCCCAACAGCGGUGACUCCACGCUGGCCAUGUGUGCCCGGGACGGGCAGGUGCGCGUGGCCGAGCUCUCGGCCACCCAGUGCUGCCGCAGCACCAAGCGCGUGGCCCAGCACAAGGGGGCUUCCCACAAGGUGAGCGCUGAGCCGGACUCGCCCUGCACGUUCCUGUCUGCGGGGGAGGACGCCGUGGUCUUCACCAUUGACCUGCGGCAGGACCGGCCCGCCUCGAAAUUGGUGGUGACAAAGGAGAAGGAGAAGAAGGUUGGGCUCUACACCAUCUUUGUCAACCCUGCCAACACCUCCCAGUUCGCUGUGGGCGGCCGCGACCAGUUCGUGAGGAUUUAUGAUCAGAGGAAAAUCGAUGAGAACGAGAACAACGGAGUCCUGAAGAAGUUCUGCCCUCACCACCUGGUGAACUGCGAGUCCAAAGCCAACAUCACCUGCCUGGUCUACAGCCACGACGGCUCAGAGCUGCUGGCCUCGUACAACGACGAGGACAUUUACCUGUUCGACUCGGCGCACAGCGACGGCGCGCAGUACAGCCGGCGCUACAAGGGGCACCGCAACAACGCCACGGUGAAAGGGGUGAAUUUCUACGGCCCCAAGAGCGAGUUCGUGGUGAGCGGCAGCGACUGCGGCCACAUUUUCCUGUGGGAAAAAUCCUCCUGCCAGAUCGUGCAGUUCAUGGAAGGGGACAAGGGCGGAGUGGUGAACUGCCUGGAGCCUCACCCCCACCUGCCCGUGCUGGCCACCAGCGGGCUGGACCACGACGUGAAGAUCUGGGCUCCCACGGCCGAGGCGCCCACGGAGCUGCGGGGCCUCAAGGAGGUGAUCAAGAAGAACAAGGUGGAGCGGGACGAGGACAGCCUGCACCACACGGACAUGUUUGACAGCCACAUGCUCUGGUUCCUCAUGCACCACCUGCGCCAGCGCCGCCACCACCGGGUACGGCUGCCCCGUGCUGGGGGCACCUCCCAGCCCCUCCCCCCGUGUCCGAGCGCGGCCCCUUUAAGGCCGCCCAUGACUCAGCCCCGGCCGGACACGGGCCCUUCCGCCGGGGGGGGGCGGCACCGGGACCCCCCCGCGCCCGAUCCCGCGGGGAACCCGCCAGGAAAAGGAGCGCGACGGGAGCUGGGGGGGUGGGGGGGGGAAAUACCCACGGACCCCCCUCCGUGGGACCCCCCCCCCGCCCCAUUCACGUUUCUCAUGCAAAGCGCCUCAUGA